GAAAAACGUUAGCUGAGCAAAGUAAGCGGAUACCCCAACCUGACCUGACAUUCUGUUUGGUGUCUCGUUCCCAAAUUGCUGAGUUAAAACUCACCCUAACUCGGUUUGUUCUUCUCUUUUUGGUUGUAUCUGUCAGCUACCUUCGCACUUCUUCUCCUCCUUCUUCUCCUUCUUCAUCCCUAUCUCUUAUUCUCUUCUGUUCUCUUCUCUUCUUUCUUUCACUCUCAGGCUCAGCUGCUACAUCCUUCUCUUCUAGCCAUUCGCAUCGUUUUCGAAUUGUGUGUGUGAUGUUCAUGCCAACAACUUCGAUAGUUGAAUAACAAAUAAUGGCUGUCGAGGCUACCGGUAAACCGAAUUUACCAGAUGAUUUGGAUGUUGAUGAAGGUCCAAUUAUUUUUAAAAGGUACUCAUCAUCUAGGAAAAACCAAUUGCAUUCAGAAGUAAGGAAGUCAACUUCUCAUAGUCAUGGUGGACAGUCAUAUAGACAGAUUUCUGAUGUGCCUUCUUCGAAUGGCCAAGCUUCUAGCUUACAGAAAGGUAAUAUUGUCCCGUCUGCUAAGACCUCAACCAUGAGGCCGUCGUCUGUAGGUAUCUCAAAACCAUCGAAUUCACUUCACAGCAACUCCGCUGUUAAGUUGCCACAAGCAAGAUCAAAAUCAUCUUCAUUAGGAGAUAAAAAGCCUCUUUUUGAACAUAAAAUGCCAAUUGAUGUUAAGGAAGAAACAAAAUGUAUCAAACCUUGUAAUAAAGAUGAUUAUGCUGAAGAUUCGGAGGAUGAUGAGGAUAAUAAACCAUUGAGUGCUAGGUUGAAAAUGAACUGCUCUAACCGUGAUAACAAAGGGACCCCUGUUGUUGUCAAGAAAUCUUCUGAAGACUCUGAUGAUGAUGAUGAUAAUAUCCCUUUGUCUGCAAAGUUAUUCCGCAGUUCUAAUUUGGGAACAUCUAGCAGUAAAUGUGAUGACUCUGAUCAGAAGAAGCCUAUUUCAAAAGUUCAGAAAGAGAGACAAAAUGGUUCUGGCGCAAGUAUUAAACAGGAAAGGCAAUCUACAUUGCCAGUUAAGAGACCACUGGAUAAUAGUAACUCCUUGCCCUCUUCGGUUAAGAAGGCAAAGGUCUCGGGUCCAGGUUCAUCAAUCAAAGCUGAGCUGAAGGCAGAGGAUGAUGAUGAUGAUGAUAUUCCUAUUUCCCAGAGAAUUAAGAAGUCAGCCACAUCAGCUGAUAAAUUAUCUUCCAAGCAAAAAAUGUUGGCAAAGGCUACUAAAGUUAAUAAGUCUGGUGCAACAUCUUUUAAAAAACAGGCCAAUAACAAGUUUAAAAAAUCAGGCAGUGGUUCAGAGUAUUCUAAAUCUACGAAACUUCUUCCUAGCUCCGGCGAUGGGCAGAAAAAAUGGACUACUUUGGUUCACAAUGGUGUCAUUUUCCCUCCUUCAUACCAGCCCCAUCGGGUAAAGAUGCUUUAUAAAGGGAAACCAGUUGAUUUGACUCCUGAGCAAGAGGAGGUUGCCACAAUGUAUGCAGUCAUGCGAGAUACAGAUUACAUGCAGAAAGAUACGUUCAAGGAAAAUUUCUGGAAUGACUGGCGAAAGAUGCUAGGAAGAAAUCAUGUAAUUCAGAACUUGAAAGAUUGUGAUUUUACCCCAAUCUAUGACUGGUACCAAAGUGAAAAAGAAAAGAAGAAGCAAAUGACUACGGAAGAAAAGAAGGCUCUAAAGGAAGAGAAAGGGAAACAAGAGGAGAAAUACAUGUGGGCUAUUGUUGAUGGUGUUAAAGAGAAGGUUGGAAAUUUUAGAGUUGAACCACCAGGAUUGUUCCGAGGCCGUGGCGAGCAUCCCAAGAUGGGAAAAUUGAAAAAGCGCAUUCGUCCAAGUGAUAUCACAAUUAAUAUUGGAAAGGAUGCCCCUAUUCCUGAAUGCCCUAUUCCUGGUGAACGCUGGAAGGAGAUAAGACAUGACAAUACAGUUACAUGGUUAGCCUUUUGGAAUGACCCGAUCAAUCCAAAGUUAUUCAAAUAUGUGUUUCUGGCUGCUAGUAGCUCCUUAAAGGGGCAAAGCGACAAGGAAAAGUAUGAAAAAGCAAGGAUGUUGAAGGAUUAUAUAGGGAACAUUAGGGCUGCAUACACAAAGGAUUUUACAAGUAGAGAUAUUACAAAGCAGCAAAUAUCUGUUGCUACUUAUCUUAUUGAUAAACUAGCUCUGAGGGCUGGCAAUGAGAAGGAUGAUGAUGAAGCUGAUACUGUUGGUUGCUGCACAUUAAAAGUAGAGAAUGUGACAAGAGAAGCCCCCAACAAGUUGAAGUUUAACUUCCUUGGUAAAGAUUCAAUCAAGUAUGAGAAUACAGUUGAGGUUGAGCUUCCUGUUUAUAAUGCAAUUUUGAAGUUCCAAAAAGAUAAAGGCCCUGGUGAUGAUCUAUUUGACAAGCUGGACACAAGUAAAUUAAAUGCUCAUCUGAAGGAACUCAUGCCUGGUUUGACAGCAAAAGUGUUCCGUACAUUCAAUGCGUCUAUCACAUUGGAUGAUAUGUUGAAUAAGGACACUAAAGAUGGAGAUGUUGGGGAAAAGAUUGUUGUUUAUCAGCAUGCAAAUAAACAGGUUGCAAUCAUUUGUAAUCAUCAACGUAGUGUUUCCAAAUCUCACAGUGCACAAAUGUCAAAGUUAAAUGAAAAGAUUGAUGAACUUCAGGCUGUUCUGAAGGAGCUGAAAACGGAUUUCGACAGGGCAAGGAAAGGAAAGCCUCCUUUGAAGAGUUCAGAUGGAAAGCAAAAAAGAAACUUAACUCCUGAAGCGCUAGAGAAAAAGAUGUCUCAAACCAAUGCAAAAAUUGAGAAAAUGCAACGUGAUAUGAGGACCAAAGAAGAUCUGAAAACUGUGGCAUUGGGCACGUCCAAGAUAAACUAUCUUGACCCCAGGAUUACCGUUGCCUGGUGCAAGCGGCAUGAGGUCCCUAUUGAAAAGAUUUUCAACAAAUCUCUGCUGGCAAAAUUUGGUUGGGCAAUGGAUGUGGAUCCUGACUUUAGAUUCUGAGAUGUGUAUAAUGGAGGCAUGCUGCGAUGGUCGGUUGAGAAAAACAUUUCUUUUUUACUCAUUUCUUUUCUUUAAAAAUUAUUUUUUCUCGUUUGUCAAGUCUAGCGGAAAUUGUUGUUGUUAAGUUAAUCUAAUCUAAUUCUGGG